AGAGAGAGAUUCAUUCUAAAAGUUUCGUUACUCUGGAGAACUGUGAUGAAUACAGUGUUUCUGUUUUCAUUCUUUGGAAUGUAUAUGUAAGGUUUGGAUUGCUCUGCUCACAUCUGAAAAGACUCUGCUUUGAAGACUUUUUUACCUGUGCAGGUUGCUGAAUCUGACAGACUCCACCUCAACACUCACCUGGAUAAGCCCUCAGUAAUCUUUUUUAAGUUAAUUAAUUAAUUUUUAUUUUAUGUGUAUUUUGUCUGCAUGUAUGUCUGUGUAGACAUGUGCAUAUAGUGUCUGUAGAGUCUGGAUCCCCUGGAACUGGAGUUUCAGGCAGUUGUGAGCUGCUGUGUGGGUGCUGGGAAUUGAACCCGGGUCCUCUGGAAGAGCAACCAGUGUUCUUAACCACUGAGCCAUCUCUCCAGCCUGGUGCUCAGUAAUCUUCAUGGUACUUCAUAUUGCUUGUCAGCACCCCCUCUGGCUGUUCCUUGGGAACCUUCUGAGGUCUUUCAUAGGUUCUUUCCCCCCAAAGUUCACGGUGUCCCCAAGUUUAGUGUUUGCUUUCUGCCCCUGUUGUACCUUCCUUACUUAAACCUCCUCUGCACCAGUUGCCAUGGAACUUGAACUGCAAUUCCCACGUCUCCUUUAAGUUUGACGUCAUUUCCCUCUCAGUCUUCCCAUGAAUGUGACAUCUCUAAAAUCAUCCCAAACCACCCUUGACCCUUGUUCUGUGCCAUCAGGACUUGAAAGCUUGGUGCUGUUGCCUCUUCUUCCUCGGGGCCUCCCUUCAUGCUGACAGGUGCAGACAGUUGGCCGUUGCUCUGCCUGUCCACUCAAUUUCACAGCCCAAGGUCAAGCCCAGGUGGCUUCUCCUUGGGAUUGUUUUCACUGAUUCCUUGAUUCUGAAGAUUUUCUCCCUCAGUCCCGAACUGUUUUGUUCACAGCUGUCAGGACUUUCUUCUAAGAUAGGUAGAAGAGUUGCCCCAAGACACUAGCUGGCCGUUUUCACCCCGCCUUCCAAUCGGGUCUCACUCUGGAAGCCCAGGCUGGCCUUGAACCCUUGUCAUUCUUCUUGUCCAGCUUCCCAUGUGCUGGGAUUGUAUGUCUGUGCAGUUCUGACAGGUUUCCUUUGCAGUGGCAGGGCCCCAGCCUGUCUUCCUACAAUUAGUCCUUGAGGUCCUCACAAUCCAUGAUGAGUUAGGGCUGGAGAGCUGGCUCGGUGGUUAAGAGGAAGUGGUGUUCUUGCAGAGAAACCAGUUCAGUGCCCAGCAGAUGUGUUGGGGACUUCAAAUCACCAGUGGCUCUGACACCUCUGGACUCUACAGGCGCCUGCACUCAUAUGUACAUGCCUACCCCACAUACACAUAAUUAAAAAUAAAAAUAAAUCUUUAAAAAAACUGUUCAGGAAAUUCUGCUUCAUUUUACCAAGAUGGGAGACGGGAGACCUCUUAGAGCUGCCUGGCAUGGGUCCUGGGAAUUAAACUCUGGAAGAACAGCAAGCGCUCUUCUGAACUGUUGAACUACAGCUUUGGCCCUUAAUAUUCUUCUUUUUCUUUAAGAUUAUUUUUAUUUUAUGUGUAGGAGUGUUUUGCCUGCAUAUAUGUUGGUGUACCCCAUGUGUGCAGUGCCCACAAAGACCAAGAGGGUGUGAAAUCCCCUGGAACUGGAGUUACAAAUGAUUGUUAGCCACCAUGUGGGUGCUGGGAACUGAACCCAGUUUCUCUGCAAGAGCAACAAGUACUCCUGAUCCCCAGCCCCUGGUUUAACAUUCCUAUUUGAAAUGUCUCUGUUAAAAAGGACUAUUGUUUUCAAAAUAUGUAGACUUCACAAUUAUGUCAACAAGUCUGACUAGGAGUAGAUGAAAGACUUCCAGUAGAGGGGAAGUGAGGGACUCCAUUCCCUUCCAUGGCCCUUUAAUUGUCUUCACCUUUAUCUUGCCUCAGGGUCACCGGCAUUUGCCACCAUGCCUUGCGUGUUUUCUGUGGAGAAGAGAUUAUAAACACUGAGGGCUGUCAGAAGAUCUUUCCUAGGGAGCAUCUGGUGUCUGGAGUUUAGUUUGCUCUGAACCUUUCCUAUUCGGUACUGUCCUUGCUGCAGUUACGAUGCCGGCGCUCCUGCGUUCUUUUAGUUUCCGGCACUGAGAAGGGGUGAGGGAACACUAUGUGUUCCUGUUGUCAUCACCUGGUCAUUUCACAGGUUAUGGUAGGCACGGCACAGCUGUAAGCCAGUAAUUGUAUUCACAUGAACAACUGCGUUCGGAUGUGGCAUGGCUCGUUUAUGGAAAAGGCUGACAAAUGCUUGCUCUUUGACAGUUUGUAUACAGCAUAUACUUACACAGAAAACAGCUAGGAACUACUGGAAGGUAAGUUCUCAACAUUUCAAGAGACAUUUUAAACUUCAUUAAGCAUUAUGGGAGUGGUUUAGACUGAGAAAAUGAAAGCCUCCUGUUAUUGUUAGACAGGUUCCUCCCAUUAACCAUAUGCUACAGGGUGUAGAUUGUACGGGGCCCAAGAUGCAGACUGUCAGGACUCAGAAGUGGUGCUCUUUGAACUUCCAUUCCUAGAGUAUUUGCUCAGUGUUUGCAUUUUCUCAGACUUCAAAAGUUAAUGAGAUAAAAUAUCCCUUUCCUUUCAGAGUGCUUAAAACUGUUUCUUUGCACGUGUUGGGAUAGAAACCCCCUUUGUAUCUGAGAGUAGGGAAAGGGUAUUCCAUUUCAUUGAAAGCCCUACACUACGUAUUUCUCUCCAAGGUUUUUCUUACAUAUGGAGUGUUUUUCUAGGAAAGUUAUUUUUUAGCCUCACUUGUUAAAUGAUUGCAUAUACUUUAUAUAAUAUGUUUGAAAUAAAGACAAGUACAAAUAGAGGUAGCCAAAAUGCCACUAACCAGAACUUAUCAAUGUUAUUUCCUGAUAACUGCCAACAGCAAUUGCCAACAGCUGUAUAGAGACACAAAACAGGCAUCAGGGUGUAUCAUAAAGCAGCACUGGCCAAGUUUCAAUGUCACUUUAAACAGUUCCUUUUGUUCAUCUCUAUCCUCUUAGGUACUGUAGUAAGAUGAUCAAGCAUGCAGCACCCUUCUGGUAGCUUUUCUUAUAGAAUUACUUAGUGAUUUUUAGAAGAAGAUGUUAGGCUAUUUAGUAUAUUAUAAUGCUAUCUAUGCAUUGUAAUGGAAGAUUAGUGGAAAUAUGCAACAUCAUGUCAAUGAGAAUUUAAUUGGCAGAUUCAGGUAUAUAUACUUACAUUGUUACCCCAGUGCUUUCUUGAUUUUGUUGAGAGACAUUUUCUAGUUUCUGAGAUUCCACAGUAGUGCCAAGCCGGUCUUGGCCUGGGAAGAUGGUGUCUACCUGCUCAGCCCUCGCCUGUCCCCGGCCUGUUCUCUUUUCUUCCUUUCAUCAUAGGAAGCGGCCUUUCUUCUCCAUGGCUUAUGAGAAAGGCUAGAAACUAACUCGGCUGUUCUGCUUGUGGCUUACCGUUCCUUGUUUCUGUUGUUGUUCUUUUAAUUUUUCCUGCUUUGGUCUUGUUUUAUUCUGAGGAACUUGUUUGACCUCAUUUUUUUUCUACAGUGGUUUGCGUAUUGAAUUUGUUUUAAAAACUUGGGUCAGUUAGAGUCCAUUGAAUUGUCAUUCGGAGUUACUCUUCUAGGGUUGCAGGUGCAGCUUAAUGGUUGCUUGGUGAGGCGCUGAGCUUAAUAGUUCAAUCCGGGCAUCACAGGAUUUCCAACUUUGGUUAGAACUGUAAAAAUGGUUUAUUUUAAAAUUUUCCUUUCAGUAUUUUUACUGUGUGUGUGUGUGUGUGUGUGUGUGUGUGUGUGUGUGUGUGUGUGCGUGCGCGCGCGCAGUGCAGUGCAGUGCAUAUGGAGGCCAUUUGGUGUCGUUUUUAAUUGCUCUCCAUCUCACUGAACCUGGAGCUCCCUGAUGGGUCAAGCUUGGCAGCCAGUGAGGUCCAGGGAUCUGUCUGCCUUUCUCUGCUUCCCCUAGUGCUGAGAUCACAGCUGUGUAGGAGCACAGCCUGCACACUGCCAAGGAUCCAAACUGAAGUCCGAAUGCCUUCUCAGUAAAUAUUUAUUUUCAUUACCCCACGUGUACUAUGCUCACACUCUGCUGGUGGUGGAAGAUUUCACAUUGCUCAGAAUCUAAAUGUCCCAUAACUUUUUCAACAGAAAUAUGCUUUUAAAAAGUAUCUAAACAAGUAGUUAUUGUUAACACAAGGCACUAAUCAACAUUUGGGUUUGAGAAGAUAGAAGGAUCCCUGUGUUGUGGGGUCUCGCUUAUGGCUCUGAGGGUGAGGGUCUCUGGGUGAGGUCGUUGUAACAACCUUGCUUAUACUGUGGAUACAUUGUUUAUUGAGAUGUCUUCAUUUCAGAGAUCUGGAAUUACCAUUCAGUUUGCAGGUGCUGGGCUUUUCAUUUCCCAGCUUCUUUAUUUAGUGCACUCUCUCAGGUGACAGCUGUUACUCAGCCACUCGGGCAGGACCCUUGAAUCCACCAGCCCGUUCACAUUUUUACCCUAGUCUUCUCUCCUCACACCUCUCUGUCUGACUUGAGCUUGUGGUCUCUCUCCACUGGAGUCACUAUGCUGUGUGUACUUUGCCCACCUCCUCCUCUCCUGUCUGAGAGCAGCUACCACAUCCAUGAAAGAAAAACAAGGUCAAACUGAUGUGUUUCACAGGGUAGCCUGUCAAUCAUUCUACACUGACAUCCACGAGUGACUGUUGGGGCUUUUGUAAGCAUUUACGUUUCUGACUGAAAAGUUUGUCACUGUUGUUUGGCUUGGCAUUAAUUGACCUUACAUAUUUGCUUUGGCCUUCCUUUUAAAUAUGUUCAGCCUUGGACGCUGAUGCCAGGGGUAGUUGCCAGUAGAAGACAUAACAAAGAUACAAAGCAAAGACUAGUAUGUGUAGGCUGGGCUUGUCAUUUGUCAGAAUAGAUGAGAUUAGAAUUUCAGGUUUUGAUUUUUGUUUGGUCGCGUUAAUGUCUAACUAGCUGGUAUGUGUUUGCUAUGUACCUUUUCAUAUUCGGUUGUUGAUCUGUCAGAAAAACGUAUCUCUGUUGCUUCCAAGCGCUGAUAUGGCUAAUUAUAGAAAUGAUUGAUUUUAUAAGUGUCAUGUACAGUGAUUUGCCACCUAAAACAUGUUCUCAAUUAAAACAUUGCUAAGGAAAAAAACAGCUACUUAACAGAGUUGUUAAGAAUUAGGACAUUUAUUGCCCUUACUUUGGGCUGAUGUAGCUAUGAUGGGGGGAGUGGUCUGUGAGGACUCUAGACAGAGUUGGACAAGCCCUAUGGGUGGGCUCUUUGGAUAGAAAACCUUUUCAUUUUACACUUAGAUGUUUGCAGGCAACCGUGCAUGGUUGGAAAAAUGGAAAGGAUUUUCCUGUUUUCACCACGGACUGUUAUUUACUAUUACAGAUUGGGCAGAUUCCUUGAGUUGUCUCUUUACUUUGCCAGUAAUAAAUAUGACUGCUGUUCCAGCAUCAUUUUCUUACUGUUGUUAAUAAGGUGCUCUGAUAGUUAUUAAAGACUUACACAGUCUUUCAUUCAUUUCAACAAAUAUUUAGUCUAUCUCUGCUGUACACCAAACACUACUCAGGAAAUACUGCAAGGAAUCAAACAGACCAAAAGGCUCUGAUGUGAUGUUUCUCAUCUUCCAGUCUAGAGGAGCUGAAAGUGGUAAGCCAUGUGUGUGUAUGAAGAGAGACCGGCUUUACUAUCUAGUGUCCGAAUUGCACUUUAAGGUAGGUGCUCUAGGUAUAGGACCUUAUUGAGAAGGCCAUAUCUGAAUGGGGAGUAAACAGGUAAAGGAGGCAGCUAUGAAACCACCCAAGGAAAAGUAUUCUAGACAGGGAAGAGCCAGCGCAGUCCUUAAGAGUGUGAUUGGUGUACUUCUGACCCAUACGGAUCUGUAUCUGGGGUAAAACCAGUGUCAACUGCCCUGGUUUCGGUACGAGGGUGUUAAAAGCCUCUGAAAAGGAAGUAAAGAGUGUUUCUUAUUUCUUGUUCUUGGAAGGCAGCCACAUCACACUAAGGCCAUUUUCUUCAAGGUUUGGUAGCUUAGGUUUUUGCAAGUGCAAAAACCACCUAGUGUGGGGCGUUUACCCACCACCCCCACAGUUUUUCUUGAGUGCGAGCAGCAGGAAAUAUUAGAUAGAAGGAUUUAUUGCGGAGAAUCUUGCGGAGAUAAACAGAUAGAAAAUAAAGGAUAGCCUCGAGAGGGCCUGGAACCUAUUCCAACGGGCCCCGACUGUCUCUGCCCCAGGGUUUUUAUAGAGACACCAAGGGGUGGAGCAAAAGACCUCCUCCCCCAGCACAGCCAAGUGCAGACCAUCUCAGACACCUGCACUCAGGCCCGUGGUCUAAUCAUCCUCUAUGCGGACCUGCUGGGUAAAGCCACGAGGACCCCGAGAACGGGCUCCCACACCUAGAAAUGUCUGUUUACGAAGGGUUAACAUUUGAAAGGACUGUAAGCCAUCUAGGCUGCCUGAUUCCCAGAGCCAGUGCUCUUUGCAGAACUGGCCCGUUGCAUUUGAAUUCACAGACCGUUCACCCCGCCUCAGAAAGCCAUAUGGAACCUAUAACUAUAGAAAAUUUCUAAAAUACAUCUAUACCCAUAGUGGCAUGCACCAGAGGCAGUGGAUUUCUGUGAGAUCAGCCUGAUUUACAUGGUGAGUUCCCAGACAGCCAGGGCUAUGUAGAAAACCCUGUCUCAUACAGACAAAUAUACAAACAAACAAAAAAUACAUCUAUAUACAUACAUAAAAAGGACUAAAACGGAGUUAUCCUUUAGUGGCAACAAUAUUAGAAACCUACUAGAGGUUAAUAAGAACCCCAGUGUCAGGAAUGUUUUUCUUCUUUUGAAAUUGGAGGUUCCAAAGACCUCCAAACAUUACGGGUUAUUGUCAUUGUUCCUGGUUACCUUCCUGAACUUGAGUGAUAACCUAUUACUCAAGACAUUACAUACUUGAGUCAAAGAACAUGGAAAAAUCAGCUGGUACUGACCUGGAAACUUUAUACUUACUGGCUAGCUUUCAUAAAAGUGCUGAAGCUUCUUUAUGUGCUCCUGGAAAUGAAAAGUAAGCACCAGACAUAACAGCUGUGAACUCUUCCAGUUACAGUCAUGACUGGUCUGGCAAGACAUGCCCAGUGGUGCAGUAGUCGCAUAAACAUCAUGGGGUAGCCAACCACUUUCUGAUUGGAUUUGAGGCCCUUUAUUGGCUGAGAGCCUAUGGCAGGGAUGGAGGCCCUCGGAGAGAACCUACUACUAUUACUUUGCUCAACAGACACAAUAAACGGACUCCUAAUGACUUACUGUUACACCCAUAGAUUAAGGAACUUCUUAACCCCUUGCCAGAGAAGCUUCUGUUUGCAAUAAGUGACAACACAGAUACUCAACAACUGGCCAGGGUGCAAAGAAUGAAAUAGUACAGAAUGUUUAGCUUUAAAGGGAACGUAUAUAUCCCAUCCCCCACCCCAGAGCCCAGGAAUGUUGUGGAAAGAGGGCGGUGGAAGAGUUGAAGAGCCAAAGGGAGUGGACGACCGUAAGGAGGCAGUGUCUUCUGGACACAACAGGGCGGCUGCACGUAUGCGCUUACAGUGGUUAUGACAGCACGCACAAGACCUGUCAAGUCCAAGCCACACCAAAGCCAGCAUGCAAAGAGGAGGUGGGCACGAGAGUCUACCCUAGCUGAGGUGCUGCUGCCAGUUGUUGGCUGCGCGGAGAGGAAGAGUCAGUUUUCUCUAAGAGUGUACCCCUGAUAAGUCAAUUGUGUUCCAGUGGAAGGCCACACAUCCAAGAAUAUUUGGGCAGCACCAAUUGAUGUUGACAGGUGGUAGGGUGGGAGUGGGGGGAACUUUUUUUAAAUGAUUUAUUUAUUUUAUGUGCAUUGGUGUUUUGCCUGCCUGUAUGUCUUUGUGAAGGUGUCAGAUCCCCUGGAGGCAGAGUUACAGACAGUCGUGAGCUGCCAUGUGGUUGCUGGGAAUCGAACCCAGGUCCUCUGAAAGAACAGCUAUUGCUCUCAACCACUGAACCAUCCUUCCAGUUUCCUGUUUUGUUUUAUUUUUAAAGACAGGUUCUUACUAGGGCCUGGGCUUCAACAACUAGGCUGGCUGGCUAGCAGGUCUCAGGGAUCCAUCUGUCUUCAACUUCCUCAGCAUUGGGAUUACAAAGCAUGCCACACUCAUUUGUUGCCCUUACAGAGGACCCAGGUUUGAUUUUCACAUCCACAUGAUAGUUCACAACCAUUCCCUUAUUCCAGUUCCAGGGGCUCUGAUGCCCUCUUUGGGCCUUCAUGGGUACCAGACAUGCAUGUGGUGCACAUAGAUACAUGGAGGCAAACUACUCAUAAACUAAAACAAAUAAAUCUAAAAGAAAGGAAAGAAGGAAGAAAGAAGCCUCAGCGCUUGCCACAGUUUCUGGUCUUUUACAUAGGCACUCUGGACCAAACUCAAGUCCUCAGACUUGCCCGACAAGUGCUAGUCUGCUGAAUUCUUUCUGCAGCAAUGGAGGUUUGAGUUUCUCACUGGUAGUCUGUAUAGUGUUGCCUAGAAAGUAGAGAUGCACAGCAUAGCUCUGGAGGCCAGGAAACCUGGAUUGUCUAUGGUACUUUUACUGUGAAGCUCUUAGAAAAAUACUUCCCAGGUGGUUUUUUGAGUGUCUCAUUGGCCUAGAACGUGCCCAAGUGUGCUAGGCUGACUGGCCAGCAAGACACAGGGAUCCACGGGCCUGCCCUUCCUAGCCUAAGACUGAAAGUGUGCUGCCACACUCGGGUAAACCCAGAUCUUUACAACAGCUCUCUUCCUACCCCUUUGAUUCUUGGCUUUGGAGGGUUCUAGACUUGGCCAAGAUGGUGACAAUCAGGCUGAAGAAAUGCAGAUGGCAGUGUCCACCUGUGGUAGAGUUGUUUGCUGGAACAGCUGUUGUAUCCUGGGACUGGGAAGGGCUUGGCUGUUGUUCAUGUCAUCUUUGAAGGCUUCCUCCUGUGUUAAGAUACAGGAAGGAGUCCACAGUGGAGGUAGGGAGGUCUGGAGUGGCUUGAGGAGGACCAUCUUUUACAUGUUAGUUUUGCUGCUUAGUUGGCGACCAUCAAAGCCGCAUGCCUAUGGCCUGACUUCAGCAUCCCAUGGUCCUCUGAACAUGCUAUGCUUUUGUUUUUUAUUGCUGUUUGCUUGUUAGUUGCCUGCUCCUAAGCCAAGAUAUCAGGCAGUUAAAAUAUCUUUCUUGGUUGAAACUCAGAAUUUGCCUUAAAGGUCACUACUCUGUCUUCCCAUGUUGUUGCAAAUUUGUGCCUUGUUUUCCUGAUAAAGGCUUUGGACCCUUUCUUCCUGGGCAUUUCCUUGCACUUGUAUGGGUCUGUAUUUUUCGGGUAUGUAUUUAGUGUAAAAGGUACUUCCAGCUGACAGGGCGGCUCAUUGGUGCCUUGCGCCCAUUGCAGUUACUACCCUCUUUUAUCCGCAUUACCAUUUUAGUUUUGCUUUAAUUACUUUUGUUUUUUAAGUUGACUUGUGAAAUAUCUAGUAGUUGGUUGGCAAAUAAUUUAAAAAUAGCUGUUUACCAUCUAGGCUGAGGGCAUAAUCUUGUUCAAAAAGCUUAAUGUUUAAAGUGAGGUUUACUAAUUAAUUUGCUUUGUCUUGUUUUUUAGGGAUGAUUUUUAAUUGACUGUAGAAAUAAGUGAUUUAUAAGUUGUAUCUUCGUGCAGAUGCCAAUAUACAUGGGUUUCUUAGGUAGUGUUUCCUUGUCCUCAGUUCACCUGGAAUGUUUAUAUGUGCUGCUGUUUGAUAUGAUAUUUUGUUCUGACUUUGUUUUUACAUGAUAAAGAGACAGAAAACAAUUAUUGAAACUCUUUGACAAUGCUGUUAGAACUAGAGUGGGCUCUGGGAUAGAGUAGACUCUUUGAUUAGAAAGUCGGACUUUCUUUUUUGAGUUGGUUAUGAGUUUUUUGUUUGCUAGGGUGUUUUUUUCCCAGGGGUGUAGGUGAGGGCACUGUUUGUUUUUGUUUUUGAGCUAAGGUUUCACUUUAUAGGCCAGGCUUGGAAUUCACUGUGUAGCACAGGCUGGCCAUGAACUUAGAUGGCCAUCUUGCCUUCUCCUCCCAAGUGCUGAGAUUGUAAUUAUGAGCCUCCACUCGUGGCUGUGUGGAAGGGACUUUCCAUGUCCUGUGGUGGUACGUGCUGCAGCACUUGAUUCUAAUCCUGCGAAGGGAGAGCUGAAGACAGUGGCCCCGCUGAGCGCAGUCCAGAGCAAAGGACAUUGAAAAUGGCCCUUGAGCUAUGCUAGGUCUAUAAUGGGAAGUGUCACAGUUCGGUAUUUCUGUUAUGGGUGCCUUUUUACAUCUGCUACCUGGACAGUUCUGCUUUUCAUUUAUUUCAACUUCAGUGAAGUGACUCAGCCCCUUAAGAAUGUGCCCAUCAAGGGGUCUGGCCCCCAUGGACCAUUUCCCAAAAAAUUCUACCCACGUUUUACUCGAAGUCCAGGUCGAGUAUUAGAUCCGCAGUUUAAAGCAAACAGAAUGGACGAUUUGAUGAAUAACCACAUCGAAGAUCCAGAUAAUGGCCUCUCAAAAUCUUCCUCCGAGCUGGGUAUGAUUUUCAAUGAACGUGAUCAGGAAUUGAGAGACCUGGGCUACCAGAAACAUGCCUUUAAUAUGCUUAUUAGUAACCGCUUGGGAUACCACAGAGAUGUGCCAGACACCAGGAAUGCUGAGUGUAGAGGAAAGUCCUACCCAACUGAUCUGCCAACUGCUAGUGUUGUUAUCUGUUUCUACAAUGAAGCCUUCUCUGCCUUGCUGCGGACUGUGCACAGUGUUGUGGACCGCACGCCAGCACACCUUCUUCAUGAGAUCAUCCUUGUCGAUGACAACAGUGACUUUGAUGAUUUAAAAGGAGAGCUAGAUGAAUACAUCCAAAGAUACCUGCCUGCAAAAGUCAAGGUCAUAAGAAAUAGGAACCGUGAGGGAUUGAUCCGAGGAAGAAUGAUCGGAGCAGCCCAUGCUACAGGAGAAGUCCUAGUGUACCUAGACAGCCAUUGUGAAGUCAACGUGAUGUGGUUGCAGCCCUUGCUGGCCAUCAUCCGUGAGGAUCCACAUACUGUGGUGUGCCCCGUGAUUGACAUCAUCAGCGCUGACACACUUGCCUACAGCUCAUCCCCAGUGGUACGGGGAGGUUUCAACUGGGGGCUGCACUUCAAGUGGGAUUUAGUUCCUGUGUCCGAGCUGGGAGGAGCUGACGGAGCCACUGCACCAAUAAGGUCACCUACAAUGGCUGGAGGAUUGUUUGCAAUGAAUAGACAAUAUUUCAAUGAUCUUGGACAGUAUGACAGUGGCAUGGAUAUCUGGGGAGGAGAAAAUCUGGAAAUCUCAUUUCGGAUCUGGAUGUGUGGCGGUAAGCUCUUCAUCAUCCCUUGCUCAAGAGUAGGACACAUUUUCCGAAAAAGGCGGCCAUACGGAUCUCCUGAAGGCCAGGACACCAUGACACACAACUCCCUGAGGCUGGCCCAUGUCUGGUUGGAUGAGUACAAGGAGCAGUAUUUUUCCUUAAGACCUGAUUUGAAGACCAAGAGUUUUGGAAAUAUCAGUGAGCGUGUUGAAUUGAGGAAGAAAUUGGGCUGUCAAUCAUUCAAGUGGUAUUUGGACAAUAUUUACCCUGAGAUGCAGAUACCUGGCCCGAACGCCAAACCUCAGCAGCCCAUCUUCAUCAACAGAGGGCCCAAGCGCCCCAGGGUCCUUCUGCGUGGACGGCUCUACCAUUUGCAGACCAACAAAUGUCUGGUAGCCCAGGGCCGCUCCAGCCAGAAAGGAGGCCUGGUGCUGCUUAAGGCCUGUGAUUACAGAGACCCAACUCAGAUCUGGAUUUAUAAUGAAGAGCAUGAAUUGAUUUUAAACAACCUCCUUUGCCUUGACAUGUCAGAAACCCGCUCUUCAGACCCACCCCGACUCAUGAAGUGCCAUGGGUCAGGAGGAUCUCAGCAGUGGACCUUUGGGAAGAACAAUCGGCUGUACCAAGUGUCUGUUGGACAGUGCCUGAGAGUGGUGGACCUGAUGGAUCAGAAGGGCUCUGUUGGCAUGGCAAUAUGUGAUGGCUCUGCCUCCCAACAGUGGCGCCUAGAAGGUUAAGAUGGAGACAACAUAAUUCACCAGGUUUUGUCACACCUGCCAUAAAUCAUGGUGCUUUAUGAAGGAUGCUGCUGACCCCAACAGACAAGACCCCUGGUGGAAGGUGACCAUCACAGGAAAAGAAGGUGCUUCACUGGGACUUGGGUUAUUUCUGAGCUGCUGCUAAGGCAUUCUUGUUUAUCCAGGGAAAACAGAAAAUAAUAAUUCUAAAAAGUUGGGUCUAUUAGUACAAACCCAGGAAGCAGACAUUUCUAUUUAUUUAUGCUUCUCUUGGAGAUGGAAUGGUUUCUUUCUAAUCAGGAACUUGUCACAGUUUCCUUUCAUAGAGGACUUCAUAGGAGAUUUUUUUCUACUAUCAUUUGUUUAAUGUUCCUAAUAGAUUUUAAAACUAGUUGAAUGCAUAUUACUUUUAGCUUCAGAAGGUAUCAUGUAUAUUCCAGAGGCAUUUAACUAUUAUAAAUUAUUUUGAUGACUUAAUAGGCUGUCUACAUUAAAUAAAGGAUCUUUUUGAUCAUUUGACUAGGA